AUGGCUGAAAACCAGGACCUCGGUUCCUGGUGCUACCUGGAUGACCUCCCAGCCGAUAAGUCAGGUCUCACCAAGGCAUGGACGAUCCUCGAGACGUACAGCGGCAUCCCACCUGGCGGGAUUGAAACUCACGUUAAAGCCAUCCGCGACAAAGCGUACGCGGUGCGGCCGUACCCCUGCCUCGGCCGCUGGGCCUUCCUCCGCUCCCCCAUGACUGAGUUGCCAGAGUACCCGACGGUGCUCGCCCGCCUGCGAGCGCCGGGGGCCGGCGAGACAUUACUGGACGUCGGCUGUUGCUUUGGGCAGGUGCUGCGGCGGUUGGUAGUCGAUGGUGUGCCGGCUGCUGCGUUGGCGGGAACCGACCUGCGCCCCGAGUUCAUCGAGCUCGGCUACGAGCUGUUCCGUGACCGCGACCGUGACGAUUUUGCGGGCGUGCGGUUCGUCGCGGGCGAUUUGUUGAGCCCUGAUCUGGAUGGUCCGGACUCGGAUCCGGACGCGGAGGGGUUGCGGACCUUCGACGGCGGGUUCGAUAUCGUCCACGCGGCCAGCUUGUUCCACUUGUUUGGGUGGGACGAUCAGGUGCGUCUGGGCGAGCGCGUCGUGCGCUUCUUCAAGCCCGACGCAACGGGGGCGCUGCUGCUGGGGACGCAGAUCGGUGUCAAGGAGCCGCUUUCCACGGACAUGUACCGCGAGGCCGGUGAGGGCACGCGGUAUCACCACAACAUCGAGAGUUUUCAGAAGCUGUGGGAUGUGAUUGGUGAAAAGACUGGCACCAAGUGGCGUGUUACGGGAAACCUGGCGCCGGUGAACAUUCCCGGGAUCCCUGCCAACUGGCGUAGGCUGUCCUUUGCUGUGUCAAAGGUGCAGUGA